GCGCAGUAGCAACUUGGGUGUAGUCCGGUAUAGUUCUUUCCUGCCCAAGUUUCUCCAUGGCGGUGGACUCGAAGCACUGAACCCGUGGAAGUUUGUGGAACAUACCGAGAGCUGCGCCAGAACAAGGACUAGCAUUUCGGGGGAAGGAACGGGCGCAGACUGGCAAAGCAGCCGCGCUUCAAGGCAGUGUCCCGCAUGGUGUGGCUGGUUUCAUCAGGAUCGCGGUAACUGGUUAGUUACAACAUAGUUUGGAGAGUUUGAAGUGUAGGUUGGAGCCGUCCAGCAGUAGCCGAAGACCACUCUGAUCAACAGAAGGACUAAAAAUGCAUUUGUUUAUCAAAGCUUUGAUUUCAUUGACUUUGGCUGCGUGCAGCCACUGUGCUAUGGAUGAAUGCGUCGAUGAUUCGAAUCGGCCUCAGCGAUGCAUGCCCGAGUUCGUGAACGCUGCUUUCAAUGUUACCGUGGUGUCGACCAAUACGUGCGGGUCCCCCCCUGAAGAGUACUGCGUGCAGACCGGGGCUACCGGGGUCACAAAGUCGUGCCAUAUCUGCAAUGCCAGGGACCCCCGACAACAUCACAGCGCCGCUUACCUCACCGACUACAACACCCAGCAGGACACAACCUGGUGGCAGAGCCAGACUAUGUUAGCGGGUAUCCAGUACCCGAACACCAUCAACCUAACACUGCAUCUCGGUAAAGCCUUCGACAUCACAUACGUGCGCCUCAAGUUCCACACCAGCCGGCCGGAAAGCUUCGCCAUCUACAAGCGGACGAGCGAGGACGGGCCCUGGGUGCCGUACCAGUACUACAGCGGCUCCUGCGAGAAGACCUACCAGAAGACCAGCAGGGGCUUCAUCGGCAGGGGCCAGGACGAGAGGCAGGCCGUCUGCACCGACGACUUCAGCGACAUCUCGCCGCUGACCGGCGGGAAUGUGGCGUUCUCCACGCUGGAGGGCCGGCCCGGGGGGUAUACAUUCGACAAAAGCCCCGUCCUACAGGAAUGGGUGACGGCAACGGAUAUCAGGGUGACCCUGAACCGGCUCAACACGUUCGGAGACGAGGUGUUCAACGAUCCCAAGGUCCUCAAGUCCUACUACUACGCCAUCUCGGACUUCGCCGUGGGAGGACGGUGCAAGUGUAACGGCCACGCCAGCGAGUGUGUGAGGAACAACGGGGGGCGCCUGGUGUGUAACUGCAAGCACAACACGGGCGGCGCCGACUGCAACGUGUGUGAGCCCUUCUACAACGACCGGCCCUGGGGCCGUGCCACCGCUGAGACCCCCAACGAGUGUCUGCCAUGUAACUGCAACGGGAAGAGUUCGGAGUGCUACUUCGACCCGGAGCUGUACCGGGCCUCCGGGCACGGCGGCCACUGCCGGGGCUGCGCUGACAACACCGACGGGCCCAACUGCGAGCGUUGCCUUGACGACUACUACCGCGACCAGUCCGGGGAUCGCUGCCUGCCCUGCGGCUGCAGCCCAGUGGGCUCUCUGAGCACCCAGUGUGCCACCGGGGGGCGCUGCAGCUGUAAACCAGGAGUGACGGGAGACAAGUGUGACCGCUGUCAGCCUGGAUACCACACACUGACCGAGGCUGGCUGCAGGCCGUGCUCAUGUGACCCAUCGGGAAGCACGCAGGAGUGUGACGUGGACACCGGACGCUGCAAGUGUAAAGAGAACGUAGAGGGCUUCAACUGUGACCGCUGCAACCUGGGCUUCUUCAACCUGGACCCGCAGAACCCCCAGGGCUGCACGCCCUGCUUCUGCUUCCAGCACUCCUCCGUGUGCGGCAGCGCCGAGGGGUACAGCAUCAGCUCCAUCUCCUCCUCCUUCAGCAGAGAUGAUGAGCAGUGGACGGGCCAGCAGAGGGACUCCAGCAGUGUGCCGGUGCAGUGGUCGUCCAGCACCCAGGAGAUCUCCCUCAUGUCAGAAGACUACUUCCCCAUGUACUUCAUUGCCCCAGAGAAGUUCCUGGGUAACCAGCUGCUGAGCUACGGUCAGAACCUGAGCCUGACCUUCCGCGUGGACCGACGGGACAACCGGAUGUCAGCCGAGGACCUGGUGCUGGAGGGGGCGGGGCUCCGGGUGGCCGUGCCACUCAUCGCCCAGGGCAACGCCUACCCCAGUGAGAACGUGCAGUCCUAUGUGUUCAGGCUCCAUGACCAGACCAACUACCCCUGGAGGCCGAGUCUCAGCCACCCAGAGUUCCAGAAACUUCUCCACAACCUGACCGCCAUCAAGAUCCGAGGGACCUACAGCGAGAAAAGUUCCGGUCACAUGGGCGACGUCUCCCUGGUGACGGCGCGACGGGGCCCGGGGCUGCCGGCCCGCUGGGUGGAGCAGUGCACGUGUCCCCCGGGCUACCAGGGCCAGCACUGUGAGCAGUGCAGCCCCAAGUACCGCCGCGCGCAGCCCGCCCUCGGGGCCUUCAGCGCCUGCGAGCCCUGCAACUGCAACGGCCACAGCGACUCCUGCCACCCCACCUCAGGUGCGUGUGAAUGCAAGCACGACACGGCGGGUCUGAGCUGUGAGCGGUGUAAGGACGGUUACUACGGCGACUCCACCAAGGGCACCGACGAGGACUGCGAGGCCUGCCCCUGUCCCAGCGGAGCCACCUGCGCCGUGGUGCCGCGCACCACCGAGGUGGUCUGCACCAACUGUCCCCCCGGCACCACAGGGAAGCGCUGUGAGCUGUGUGACGACGGCUUCUUCGGGGACCCGCUGGGCCAGAAGGGGGCGGUGCGGGCCUGCCGCGCGUGCAAGUGCAGCGACAACAUGGACCCCAACGCCGUGGGCAACUGCGACCGCGAGACGGGCGAGUGCCUCAAGUGCAUCCACAACACGGACGGCUUCUUCUGCGACCGCUGCAAGGAGGGUUUCUACGGCAACGCCCUGGCCCCCAGCCCCGCAGACAAGUGCAAAGCCUGCUCCUGCUCGCCCCUUGGGACCCAGGGCCAGCAGACCAGCUGUGCCCAGGUGACGGGCCAGUGCCCCUGCCUGCCCCAGGUCUCCGGCCGCGACUGCAGCGUGUGUGAGCCCGGCUUCUACAACCUGGCCAGCGGAACCGGCUGUGAACGGUGUAGCUGUGAUCGCAUCGGCUCCACCAGCGGUCUGUGUGACAUCACCUCAGGGCAGUGCGAGUGCCAGCCGGGGGUCGCAGGUCAACAGUGCGAACGCUGCGAGGUCAACUUCUUUGGCUUCGGGUUGUCGGGCUGCAAACCCUGUGACUGUGACCCCGAGGGUUCUUCGUCGGGCCAGUGUCGCGAGGACGGGCGGUGCGAGUGCCGGCCCGGGUUCGUGGGCUCCCGCUGCGACAUGUGUGAGGAGAACUACUUCUACAACCGCUCCGCCCCCGGCUGCCAGCAGUGUCCCAACUGCUACAGCCUGGUCCGGGACAAGGUGAACCAGCAGAGGCAGAAGCUGCACGACCUCCAGAACCUGAUCGACAACCUGAACUCCAGCAAGGACCAGCCGAGCGACGCAGCCUUCGAAGAGCGCCUCCGGGAGGCAGAGAGGGCCAUCAUGGAGCUGCUGGAGGAGGCCCAGACAAGCAAAGACGUGGACAAGGGUCUCCUGGAGCGGCUGGCCUCCAUCAACGGCACCCUGACCACCCAGUGGAACCGCCUGCAGAACAUCCGCAGCACGGUGGACCAGAGCGGGGCGCAGGCCGACAAGGCCCGCACGCGCGUGCAGCACGCCGAGGAGCUCAUCGACCGCGCCCGCACCCAGCUGGACAAGGCCCGGUCCGACAUCGCUAACGUGAACAUCCCGACCCCCCUCCCUGGAGACCCCAACAACAUGACCCUGCUGGCCGAGGAGGCCCGCAAGCUGGCUGACAAGCACAAGAUGGACGCCGACCAGAUUGAAAAGAUCGCUAAGGACGCCAACGACACGUCCACCAAGGCCUACAACCUGCUGAGGAAGACCCUGGACGGAGAGGGCAAGACCGGCCAGGACAUCGACGAGCUCAACAGGAAGUACAACGAGGCCAAGGAGCUGGCCAAGGCGCUGGAGAAGCAGGCCAACAAGGUCCACGCGGAGGCGGAGGAGGCCGGGGCCAGGGCGGUGCAGAUGAUGGCCAACCUGACCAGCCUGCCCACCUAUGACACCAAGGCCCUGGAGAACGAGGCCAGUAAGAUCCAGAAGGAGGCCUCGGACCUGGACAAGUUGAUCGACAAAACGGAGAAGGAGUACAACGAGCUGAGAGACGACCUCAAGCCCAAGGAACAGGAAGUCCGCAAGCUGCUGGAGAAGGGCAAGUCGGAACAACAGACGGCAGACCAGCUGUUAGCACGCGCCGACGCGGCUAAAGCUCAGGCUGAAGAGGCGGCUAAGAAGGGAAGGUCCACCUACCAGGAGGCUCAGGACAUCCUGGCUAACCUCAGAGACUUCGACCAGCGUGUGAACGACAACAAGACGGCGGCGGAGGAGGCCAUGAGGAAGAUCCCGUUCAUCAACGCCACCAUCAUUGCGGCCAACGAGAAGACGCGGCAGGCGGAAGCGGCGCUAGGCAACGCCGCUGCCGACGCCCGUGAGGCCAAGGCCAAGGCUGAGGAGGCGGAGAAGAUUGCCAGCACCGUGCAGAAGGGAUCUGCCAAGACCAAGCAGGAGGCGGAGAAGGCCUUCCAGGACACCACGAUGCUGGAGAAGGAGGUCGGCACCUUGAUGGACCAGCUCAGCGCUGCCGAGGACCAGCUGGGGCGCAAGAAGGCCGAGGCGGACCAGGACAUGAUGAUGGCCGGCAUGGCUUCGGACAACGCCAAGGAGGCUGAGGACAAUGCCCGUAAGGCCAAGGGCGCCGUCAAGACUGUACUGGGAACCAUCGCCGCCCUUCUGGAGCAGCUGGGCAACAUCGACAAGGUGGACCUGACCAAGCUGAACGCGAUCGCCGAGUCGCUGAAGAAGGCCAAGGCCAAGAUGGCCACCAGCGAGCUGGACAGGAAGCUGGCGGAGCUGAACGAGGUGGCGCGCGGCCAGGAGGAGAUGAUCAACGACUACGACCGGCAGAUCGGAGAGAUCCGCGCCGACAUCGCCAACCUCAACGACAUCAAGAACACGUUACCGGAAGGGUGCUUCAACACGCCCUCCCUAGAGCAGCCCUAACCCCGCCCCCCUAACCCAGACACAUGCCCCCUCCUCCAUCCCGAGCACCCCCCCUCACCCCCACCCCUCAACCUCCCGCACCCCCCUACCCCAUCCCUCUCACAAAAUCACCCCGGCAACAGAAACGACAUACACGCCACCACCGUUGUACCAAAACCCUUACUUUUAAUUAUUUGAUAGGUUGGUUCGUCUUGUCUUUUUGCGAGAGAGAGAGAGAGAGAGAGAGAGAGAGAGAGAGAGAGAGAGGCAGAGUUUUGUGCCGUGUUCACAAUUUCUUUCAAAAUAAAAGCGCACGCUUUUUGUUUUUCCUACAUUGAGACGACAGCGGUUGAAGGGGGAACGUGCAACGCGGCGGACCCCCGACGUGCCUCUGAGCCUAGAGCACACACACACACACACACACACACACACACACACACACACACACACUGUGACUGCACCCCCCACCCUCGGCCCACCCUCCACCCCCUCCACCCAGACUGUUCAAAGGAAGUUUAACAGCCAUUCAGCGGAACCGGAACCAAACCGAUAUUUCAAAAUAACGCGAAUAACGGACGUGACUCGGACCAGAACUCCUGUUUGACUCCGUCUGUGGGUUGUGGUUUCAACUGACAGUUUCAUGAACUGUUUUUGUUCAUCGACCAUGUUUGUUGUUUUGGUUUGUUUUUAUUUUUUCUUACUAGAAAGCAUGCAUUGAAGGAAUCCUCUAGUUUUACUGUACUGUCGUCUGUCUUUCUGUCCUGAAGACACUACAGCCAGGAGAUAGAGGGACACACCCCUCUCUCCCUUUUCAGUAUUCACACCUCCCUGAACCUCACCCUCUUCCUCAGCCACUUCCUCACCGCCUCACGUUCCCACAGAGAAUCACAAAGGUCAGAGGUCAAACAGAUUUCUAGAAAGUCAAGCUCGGUGUUGUUCUGCGAAAGCUGCUCGCUUGUCUCCUUCGUGUCGCUAAUGACCUUUAACCUUCGACCUUGCCCGCUUCCUCUCCCCACCCCCCCCCCACCCCCGUGUCCAGGCUCAAUCAAACACUAUGCAACUUUGUACAUUUUGCGUAGUGAAACGUUUUAUCUGAUACACUGGUGCUAAUAAUUAUUUCAAAUGUUCUAUUUUUGUGUGAAUGUUUUUUAUUCUGACGUCGAGUGAGGAGUUUGUUAUUUUGUGUAAAUAUAUUCUUAAAUAAUUCAGGUUUUUAUUUUAGUUUUUUUGUUUUGUUUUAAAGCUCUGACACCCAAAACCGCUAGACUAUUAUCUUUUAUCAGAAAGACCCAUCAACUCAAAUCUCCAGCUAAUAUAUAUAAAUAUAUAAAUAUGGAUAACGUCUGUGGUAUGUUAUAAUAUGCUUGCUUGUAUACAUGGCUCUGUGUCGCUGCUCGAUAGCUACGCCAAUAUCUCCUGUGUACUGAUUUAUUAUGGGUGGUCUCAAGUUAAUUAAAUGUAUUGUUUUGUUUUGUUAUUUUAAUUUUACUUUUCUUUUUUCGCGUUCCUAUUUUGACCAUUUUACUGAUCAGGGGUCUUUUUGGCCCCGCCCACCACCUGCCUAACCAAUCAUUUUACUGAAUUUAUACGCUUUUGAGUCCAAGGAAAGUAUGCUUCUUCACACAAGUUUCUAGGUAACUUUGUUUAAUUAGCAUUUUGUGCCUUAAUAUAAAGGUUGGUUGUAAUCACGGUCCCGGUUGAGGACUUUAUCUUCCUCCACGUUUAUCUUCACCUCUUCAUAUCCCCCGUCACUCCAGACGAGAAGCAGGGAACUCCUUCAGGUCCAUACAGCUCCUCUUUCCCCCCUGGAGAAACAUCUAGAACAUCUAGCAAGACGUUCCUCUACCUCCGCCCGCUCAAAUGUGGCCCGCUCAAACCUUCAAAGUGGCUUUUAAAACUUAAUGAAGUUCAGUCGCUCAGCCCUCUUUUCAUUCACCAGCCUCCUAUAGGUUGGAUCAACCCCCUUGUACGCCUCCGCCUUGUUGUGAUUGGCUGGGCUGGAGAUGACUUCAAUGAUGCAGCCAGUAGGCUGGCGUCUGCUAUAGGCGGUUAGAUCCCUCUUGAAGAGCGCAUCGUUAAACAGUGUUCCCGUUGGCUCCGUCACAUGUUUUGAGUACAUGAAGCCGUCAGUGUUUCUGCAGUUGGUUCUGUGAGGUCUCCCAGAGUCCUUCUUCAUGUCUUGCUCUGUCGUCCUCCAUCAAAAGGUCAUGGUCACCCCCACCCCCCACCCCCCCCCCCCCCCCCCCCCCGCUGAGGACCUGAAAGAGGCCCGUUUGUACCUGCCUGCCUGUAAAUCCAAUUGUAACAUUUGAAUAAUAAAAUAUUACAGGAA